UCAAUUGCAAUGCGGUGUUGCAAUGGCAUUGCGAAAGCGGACGAUGGACGCGCUCAUUCUAAUGCAUCCAUGUGGAUUUGAGACGUCCACACUUUUGCGUCCCGCACCUCCGGUUCACCGACUCGUCGCUGGCCAUGGCGCUGUUAGUUUUGAACACCGUCAUGUGCACCUCGCAAAUUUGUCAAAUCAAUCAUAAGUUGCGGAAGUUGCGAAAAGAUCCGGCGCCUGGUCUCGCCUGGUCGAAUUUCAGUACUUGUGGAGUGAGACGCGGUGCGACCAAUGCUGGUAGAGGCGUGAAUUUGAAGUGGGGGAUGAACGCGGUUGCCUCGGCGUCUGUUGAUGAGGGCAUUGCGGACGCGAAGAAGAUGAUUGACGAGGUUUUGUUGAGCAAAGGGAGUGACGGUGCGGGACAGUUGGCGGAAGUGUCGUGGGCUUUGUAUGCGGAUGGGGAGACGAAGAAGCUUUUGGCUGAUGCUGUGACAAAGCUUAGUGGUUGUCGAGGACAGGACUAUGACGAUUUUUUGAGAUCCGUUGAAGUGCAUGGCGUUUGGGAGGUUUUCUACGCUCCUCACAUUUUCACAUUAUCGAGCAUGUUGGUGUCGAAAAUUAGACCCCUCCAGUAUGUUUUAACUGAAUCGGGCUUCGAAAGCAAUGCGCGGUACUUUAGUCCAUUGUUUGGAGAAGGAUGGUUGAGUGCAUCUGGAGAUUACGUGGUAAGGGACGAGAAAACAGUAGACAUUGUUUUUAAUUCAUUUUGGUCGGACAGUGGCCGCGAUAACUUGCAACCCGAUCCCAAGAACGAGGGGGCUAUGCAACGAGUCAUAGUGAAUAUCCUUGGGAGAGCUGCUUUCAUAAAACCAUUAUCUGUAUAUCCCGUUCAUUAUGUGGAUGCUGAUGUUGUUGUAUUUGAAUUCACUAUUCUUAGAACGCUAAUUGCAGCUAGAAAAAUGCGACCUGCUUAAUGCUGAAUAGCAGUAAAAAGAGUAUCACUGUGACAAAGGAAUCAAAAUGUAGGAAUACUAAGCAUGAUUUGUGUUAUAAGUAUUUAAAGUACUUAGUCUGAAGGAAAGCAAAGAAAUGGCAUGUUAAUCAUGUUUGUUGUUUAUUGUGUAUUUUGUAGAAGUUUAUUGUAUAUGGUUUUAAUGUACUUUUGAUUUAAUUUUUUUGUUUAUUAGUUUGAAUUUUCUUGUGAUUCUUAA